AUGUACUAUCUGAUUUCAAACAAAGCCCAGUCUCCCAACAAGGAAACUCGACUUUGAUCUUUUGUUGUCUGAGGAUUAUCAAUCCUAUAUUUGUGAUGAGAAAGCCAGAUCCGAUCAUGAGAGAAAAGGUGUGUAGCAAUACCAAUAGCAAUAAAGGAAUGGUGAAGCUUAGAAAGGGAUUGUGGUCACCUGAAGAAGAUGAGAAGCUGAUGAAUUACAUGUUAAGAAAUGGUCAAGGGUGUUGGACUGAUAUCGCCAGGAAAUGCUGGCCUGCAACGCUGUGGAAAGAGUUGCCGCCUUCGUUGGAUCAAUUACUUGAGGCCUGACCUCAAGCGUGGCGCAUUUUCUCCACAAGAAGAACAACUCAUUGUUCAUUUGCACUCUAUUCUCGGCAACAGGUGGUCUCAAAUAGCAGCUCGUCUUCCGGGAAGGACGGAUAAUGAGAUAAAAAACUUUUGGAACUCCACGAUAAAGAAAAGGUUAAAAAUGAACAACAACGUUUCUAGAAGCUCACCAAACAAUAGCAUUGACGAAACAUCCUCGGAUCCAAGUAGAGAUGUCAUGGGAGCUGGUAUGUUCAUGACCAUGCAUGAUCAUGACCUCAUGGCCAUGUGCAUGGACUCAUCACUGACCUCCACAACGACCACAUCAUCCUCAUCCAUGCAUAACAAUUCUAUGAUUAUGAAGGGUCAUGACCAAUUUGGUCAAUUACCAUCACUCCUUCAAACUCACAUCAAUCGUGACGCAAAUGGUGACUCAAGUUUGUUUAAUGUUUCCCCAUGUUUAGGAGAAGUUGGUAUGGGAGGAGACGGCGGAGGAUAUGGGGAUUGUGGUAUUCUUGAAGUACCAUACAUGAUGGGAAUGGAAAAUGAAAAUAGUAACCUUGGGAGUGGGGUCAUGGAUGGAGAUGUUAAUGCUAAUGCUACUAAUUACAUGUUUGAGAAGAAAUCAACCAAUUUUAACCACCACUUUAGUGGGGAGAUUGAUGGGAAAGUUAAAGUGGAGGAGGUGGUUGGUUUUGAAAAUCAUUGGUCGGGAGAAAGCUUGAAAAUGGGAGAAUGGGAUUUGGAAGGUUUAUUUGCAAAUAUACCUUCGUUACCUUUUCUUGAUUUCUAAAAGACAUUUUCUAAUUUUAGGAAAUAAGAACAUUAUGAUAGAGAGAUUAUACGAUACACACUCCUCUCUGCAAUUACAUCAACUUCUAAACUUUUAAUUAGGUAUACAAUCACUAGCUAGUGUUUUGAUCGUUGCCAUAAGUUCAAAAAAAAACCUUUCUAGAGAUAUAUACUUGGAUAUAUAAGUGAUUGGGCACAUAUCUUUCAGGGAGGAAAACUGAGUUUAUGGAUCCAUUGGCAUUUGUCAUCGAUCGUAUGAAGGCUGUUGAGAAGUUGACAAACAUAAAGGGUAUUCGAUAUAUAUAGAUGGAAAUGUGAAUAGCGAAAUGUAUUGUAGAAAAUAAAGAGAAGAUGUAAACUUGUAGUGUUGUAUACACUAGAAAUAAAGUGAGGCAGCAAAUUGUGUAAUGGUGCAUAUGAUUUUUUUAAUGUUCUUUUUGAGCAGCAUA